AUGACACAAAAACGUGAUUAUUAUGAGAUUCUGAACGUCAAUCAUGAUGCCGAUGAAGACGAAAUAAAGAAGGCUUAUCGCAAACUCGCCAUACAAUUCCAUCCGGAUAAAAACCCAGGCGAUAAAGUCGCCGAAGACAAAUUCAAGGAAGCCACAGAGGCUUAUGAAGUCCUGCAAGAUUCUGAGAAACGGAACCGUUAUGAUAGAUUCGGGCAUACAGGACUGGAUGGCAGCGGUAGCGACUUCGGAGACUUUGGUGUGAACCUUGACGACAUCUUCGGUGAUGUCUUUGGCGAUCUCUUCGGAGGAUUCAGCGGUGGUACGCAGCGUACACCUAAACGCGGACGCAGUUUACAAUAUAACCUUGACGUAACAUUGGAAGACGUUAUUCACGGCAAAGAGGUCACAAUCCAAGUGCCACGGGUUGAAUCGUGUCCCACAUGUGAAGGCAACGGUGCCAAAAAGGGAACGAGUCCUGUAAGGUGUCCUCAAUGUCACGGCAGAGGUCAAAUCAGCCAAUCACAAGGUUUUUUCACAAUGUCCCGCACCUGUCCGAGAUGUCGUGGCGAAGGCGCGAUUAUUACAGAACCCUGCCAACCCUGUGGCGGAAGAGGUGUUGUUCGAAACACGCGCGAUAUUCCGUUAAAUAUUGACAAAGGCGUUGAUACAGGUUUCAAGUACCAGCUACGAGGUGAAGGCGAAGCGGGUGUAAACGGCGCACCUCCAGGUGAUUUGUUUGUCGUUAUCAAUGUCGAACCGCACGAACGCUUCCAACGUGAUCGAAACGACCUUAUUACAUCCGCCAAAAUUCCGUUCGUCCAAGCCACCCUCGGUGGGAACAUUGAAGUUGAUAGUAUUGAUGGAAAGGAAGAAUUGCAUAUCCCACCGGGUACACAGUACGGUGCACAACUGCGUAUCCCUAACAAAGGGGUUCCACAUUACAGACGUUCCUAUUCAGGAGAUCUGGUCGUGAGGUUGGAGAUUGAAACACCAGUGCAUCUCAACGCGGAACAGCGAAGAACGUUAGAAGAAUUUGCGAAACUGAGAGGAGAAUCGCAUCAGAACGAACACGGCGGAUUCUGGGAUAAACUGCUGGGUAGACACGAAGACGAGGAACCCGAAUAG